UGCUACGCUCCGUGUCCACGUCAAAGCUGACAACCCAGCCGAGCUGAUAAUGGCUGCAGUUGAGGUGGCACUUUUAGGAUUUUAGACUGGCAAUAAACUGCUAAAUAUAUAACUAUAACUGCGAGCAGACAUUGCCAACUCCAGCUAAAAGUUAAAAUCUAAGGUUACGGUUUUCUGACUUUAAUAUAAUGUCGCGUAUCUCGCUUGUCUUGACGAAUUCCUUCAGGCGAACCACCAGCUGUUGUUAGCCGGGUCUUGUGUUCGCUAAAUGAGCGUCUGUCAGCCUGCAAAGCCACUUUGUGACCGGCCAGAAAAGUGCAUUUUGACGUUAAUCGCGUUUCUUCAUAAUUAAAUCUACGUCUGAGCUUAAUGACCGAGCUGACUUGAUCACAUUUCAACUCAAUGCGAGGUUAGCUCCACUGUCCUCUUCGGCCUUGCUUUGUUUUUGUUUGUUUUUCACCCCCCCUGAAGAUGUCAUCGUGGCUAGGUGGACUCGGCUCCGGCCUCGGCCAGUCCCUGGGACAGGUCGGCGGAAGCCUGUCAUCAUUUACUGGGCAAAUAUCAAACUUUACCAAAGACAUGUUAUUGGAAGGGAUGGAAGAAGUAGGGGAUGCUGCUACAGAACUACAGGUGUCCAAUUCCAAGUUGGCUGAAGUCGAGACUGCGUUUGCUGCUCAGAAAUCUGAGUACGACAGAUUGAGGAAGCUUCAUGCAGAGCUCGAGGAGAAGCUGGAGGCAUCGGAGAUCCAGAUUAAACAACAGUCUGCAGAAUACAGAACCCUUCUGCAGCAGAAAGACGUGGAGAUCAGCCACCUUAAAGCUCGGCAGAGUGGGCUCCAAGAAGAAGUCCAGAAGUUGCAGCAUUCUGCGCAGUCUUCCUCCCUCGGUCCGGCGGUGUUGCCCAUUGCCACAACUUCCUCUACCACAACCUCCUCGUCUGCUUCCACCUUCCUGACCCGUCCCUCAGGGUCUCACCAGAGCUUCCACAGCGAUGAAGUCGACAUCAGUGACGUUCUUUGGUCGCAGCAGGAAAUCAACAGGCUGUCCACAGAAGUCAUGCGUCUGGAGGGAGAGGUGUCUCACUGGAGGAGAAUGUCUCAGGCAUCCACAGCUACGGGGGCCGGUAAUGGUGAUCAGGGGGAGAUUCUGAAACUUCAAAGGACUAUUAAGGAGCUGCGAGAUGAGAUGAGUCGUGAGGUGGACGAACACCAGCAUGAGCUGACAGCUCUGCAGGAUGCCCAGAGACAAAAGAUGGCCGACGUCACCCGGCGUCACAGAGAGGAGUUAGCAGAGUAUGAGGAAAGGAUAGAAGAGCUGGAGGAACAGAUUCAUAGUGGAGGCAGUCAAUCCAGCUCCUCAUCAGAUGCCACCAAACUGCUUGAACUCCAGAAAAUCAUACAGUCCCUGCAGGAAGCAGCAGAGCAGCACGAGAAGCAGCUUUCUGAACUGUCCGCAAAUCUGGAGGAUGCACAGAGUAAACAGGCCUCGCUGCAGCUGGAGAGGGACGAUGCCCUGGAGGAAAAUGCAGGACUGCUGCAGAACUACUCUCGCCUGCAGGCCUCCGUGGACGAGCUCCAGGCGCGAGUACAAGAACAGCAGGAGAAAGCUCUGCAGAAAGCCCAGCUAGAGCAAGAGAUCCAAACAUUGAGAAGUAACCUCGCAGCUGCAGAAAAAGAAAAUGAGAGACUGAAAAGUGUGGCUGAGGCUGAACCAAAGGAAGAAGUUGAGCAUGCAGACAUCUUAGAACUGAACACCAUUAUUGGAACAUUGAGACAAGAAAAGGAGAUCCUUGAACAAGAAAAGCUUAAUCUGCAAGAAAAACUGAAAGUAGCAGAAGAUCUAAUGGUUUGUAGUAAAGGAGCAAAGUCUGAUGAUGUGGAGUCUCUGGAAGAUCUGAGGGUUGAGUUGGGGAGGAGAGAAAAGCUUCUGAGAGCCAUCGAGGAGGAACGGGACACCCUGAUGUCUGAGCUGGAGGAGCUGGACCGACAAAACCAGGAAGCCACACAGCAUGUGAUCUCUGUGAAGGAGCAGCUCUCUGGACAGUUAAAGGAGGCUCAGGCAGAGCUGACAAAAGUAACUUCAGAGCUCAACACUACCAAGAACCAGAAAAGGACACUAGAGCAAGAGCUUGAGACUCAAAAAGAGAAAGUCAACCAGAGUGCUUUCACCCUGAACGAUCUGCACAUGAGCAAACAGCAGCUGGAACGAACAGUGAAGGAGCUGAAAGACAAAUUGGGACAUGCACAUGAGCAGAACAGGGACGCUCGUAGAGAAGUUGCAGAGCUGAAGAAGACCCUGCAGGAGAAAGAGGAGCACUUAUGUGCGGCUAAAGCAGAGCUAGAUCUAGGUGGGGAAAGAGGAACUGAGUUGCAUAGAGCCAUGGAGCAGCUGGCAGGGAAGGAGAAGGAGUUAUCAGACCUCAGGAGAGAACUGGAUGAGAAGCAGAGCUCUUAUGAGAGGGUGAUGUCUGAGGAGUAUGAGAUGAAAAUGGAGAACAGAAAGUUGAGGGAGGAGAGUGAGGAUUCUUUGGGUAAAGUAGAGGAACUAACCAAGCAGCUGAAGGACAGCCAGGCUGCUCUGAACAGGACUGUAAGAGAGAAAGAUACUCGUAUUGAAGCUUUAAGGCUGGAGAAAAAUCAACUUGAAUGUGAAUUGACGCAGACUGAGAGGACACUGACAGAACAGGCCCAGCAGUACCACCAGACCAUUGAGGAGCUGACUCGAGCUCGGUCAAUGGAUGCCUCAGCUUUGCAGACUGAGCACGAAUCUGCAAUCCAACUUAACCAAAAGAAAGACUUGGAGAUCGCUAAGUUGAAGAGGGACAUGGAGCAGCUAGUAUCUGACCACAGAGACACCAACGAGAUGCUUUCAAUCACAGUUGCAGGACAGAAGCAGCUGACAGAUUUGCUCCAGGAGAAGGAUGCCUUCGCGGAGACUUUAAAACAAAAUGCUGCAGAUUUACAGACAGAGAUGGAGAACAGCAUUUCUGUCUUGACCAAGGAAGCAGAAAUUCUCAAACAGGCUCUAGAGGAAAAGGAUAAACAGCUCGGUGGCAUGAAAGAGGAGAACAGCCAUUUGAAAGAAGAGAUUGAUCGCAUCAGGGAUCAGCAGAGCAGACCUCCACCUCUAGCUGAGCCUAAGACCCUGGACAUAAUCACAGAGCUGGAGACAGAGAUAACCCAGCUCAAGUCCUCCAGGAACUGCUUGGAAGAGGAGGUUCAGACUCUGAGGAAAACAAUCGAGGAGCAGCAAGCUUCUCUCCUUUUGUCUCAUCAGUCUCUGCAGGCUCAGCAGAGUGAGCUUGACCAGGCCCACGCUCGCCACCAGCAGACCACGCUCAGCUACGACAGACUCGUCCAUGCCAGAGAUGAAGAGAUAAUCCGUCUCCAGCAAGCAGUUGAUCGGUUCAGUGAUGAUCAGAGCCGUGCCAAUUUUCCACCUGUCCAGGGAGAGGUCAUCCUGCAGGAGGACAAAACAGAGUCUCUGAAUCAGGAGAAUGGCAAUGAGAAGCAUGACUUGUCCAAGGUAGAAAUAGAGAGACUGGUGAAGGGCAUCAAAGAGAAAGAGACAGAGAUCAGUCAGCUGAAUGAGAAGAACCUCUCAUUAACCAGACAGUUGGAUCAGCUGGUGGUGUCUCAAGAUGAAGUGGACAAACUUUCUCAGAUUAUUUUGCAGAAAGAUCUGGAAAUCCAGGCACUCCAUGCCAGAGUCUCCAUGGGUGGAGGACUCAGCCAGGAUGUCCUGUAUUUACAGCAGCAGCUGCAGGCCUAUGCAGUGGAGAGAGAACAGAUGUUAGCCGUGCUUAACGAGAAGACGAGAGAGAACAGCCAGCUUCGGUCUGACUAUCACCGUCUCAUGGAUAUCAUGGCAGGGAAGGAAGCUGCUUUAGUGAAGCUUCAGCAGGAAAAUCAGCGCCUCUCCAACAUGAGCGACCCCUCAGGAAGCCAAGAGAUGUUCAAGGAGACCAUCCAGAACCUGUCUCGAAUUAUCAGAGAAAAGGACAUAGAAAUCGAUGCGUUGACUCAAAAGUGCCAAACCCUGGUGACUGUCCUACAGUCCACAGGAGGAGAGUCUGGUCCUGGAUCUGGAGGUGUCAGCAGCAACCAGUUUGAAGAGCUGCUGCAGGAAAGGGACAUGUUGAAACAGCAAGUGAAGAAGAUGGAGGAGUGGAAGCAGCAAGUGAUCACGACAGUGAAGAACAUGCAGCACGAGUCUGCUCAGCUGCACGAGGAACUCGUCAAGCUGCAGAGUCAAGUCUCAGCUGACAGCGACUGUAGCUCCAAGCUGUCCGUCGACUACGCUCGAUUGAUCCACAGUUAUGAGCAGAAGGAGAAGAGGCUGGGAAGUCUCAGUUUUGAACUCGCUCAGGUGCAGCAAACUAUCACACAGCUUAGCACCACUAAGGAUGUUCUUCUGGGUAAAUUAGACAGCGUAACACAGACUCCUGAAGUUUUAGCCACUCAGUCUAGUGGUCCUCCUCUCACAGCGGAUGCUCCAAUGCACCAGAGUGCCUUGCCUGUAAAUAAUGACAAACUGCUGGAAGAACUUGAACAACUGCGAGUGCAAUUAACUGAUAAAGAAAACAUGAUCAGGACUCUUCAGGAAAACAACCACAGACUCUCCAACUCAGCCUCAGCCUCAGAGAGCGAACACAGAAGUCAGGCUGAGGAGGUUCGGCAGGUCAGAGACAGAAUGGAGUCUUUGCAGAGGUCACUUAGAGAGAAAGACUUGCUCAUUAAAACCAAAGGAGACCAGCUCAAUCAAGUGAGCGAAACUCUGCGUAACCGUGAGAAUGACAAUGAGGUGUUGAAGCAGGCUGUGACCAACCUGAAAGAACGUGCUCUCAUCCUGGAACUUGAUGUGAAAAAACUGAAGGAAGAGAACGAGCUGGUGGCUGCACGCUCACGAGAAAAAGAGUCGGAGUUCAGAGCGCUGCAAGAAACAAACAUGCAGGUCUCGCUCCUGCUCAGAGAAAAAGAGUUUGAACUGAGCGCAGUAAGCGAGAAGGCUGCCACAGUGGAGAAGAUGCUUAAAGACAAAGAGCAGGGUAAAUCUGGUGAGCUAAACCAGCUUCUGAAUGAGCUGAAGUCAAUGCAAGAGAAAGCUGUGAUGUUCCAGCUGGAGAGGGAUCAGAUGAUGAUGGCACUCAAACAGAAACAAAUGGAGACCACAGCGGUACAGAAUGAGCUGCAGCAUGUGAGGGAUAAAGAACAGCGUCUGAACCUUGAGCUAGAAAGGCUGCGUAAUCACCUGCUGGAGAUUGAAGAUUCAUACACAAGAGAAGCCCUUGCUGCUGAAGACAGGGAGACUGAACUACGCAGGCGGGUGAUACUGCUGGAUGAGAAGCUGGCCACAUCCUCCAAUGCUGUGGAGAAAUCCAGCCAACAGGCCAGCAUGCAGGUGGAGUCUCUGCAGGAGCAGUUAAGUGGGGUGGUGAAGCAGAGGGACGAUGCACUCGUCCAACUCAGAACCUCUCAGGAGCAGGUCAACCAGUAUGCAGUGUCGCUCUCCAACCUGCAGAUGGUGCUAGAGCAGUUCCAACAAGAGGAGAAAGCAAUGUACUCAGCAGAGCUUGAGAAGCACAAGAAAGAAAAGGAGGAGUGGAGAAGAAAAGCUCUCAUGCUUGAAGACCAAGCAUCAGCUCUGCAGAUAAACUUGGACGAAGCCAACGCCGCUCUGGAUUCAGCGUCUCGUCUCACUGAUCAGCUCGAUCUGAAGGAGGAACAAAUGGAGGAGCUGAAAAAACAAGUGGAAGUGAGGCAGGAGAUGUUGGAGGAGGCGCAGAGGAAAUUGAUGAACCUUCUGAACAGUACAGAGGGAAAGAUAGACAAGGUUCUGAUGCGUAACCUGUUUUUGGGGUAUUUCCACACACCUAAAACCAAGCGUUCCGAUGUGCUGAGGCUCAUGGGAAGUGUGUUGGGACUGAGCCGGGACGACGUUGAUAAGAUGUUGGAGGAGGACAGACGGCCGGGUGUAACUGGGUGGGUGUCGAGUUGGCUGGGAAGCAGAGGAGCACAAAGUGUCCCAAACACUCCACAGAGGCCCACCAGUGGCCAAGAUCUGAACUCGUCCUUCUCUGAGAUGUUUGUUAAGUUCUUGGAGACGGAGUCAACUCCUUCACUGCCAGCACCAAAGCUUCCAGUCCACGACUUCAAACCUUUGAGCGCCCCUCCUCCAGGAAGAAACAGUGCUUCUGCUUCAGCUGCUGCAGGGGCUCCAGCAGCCAGCAGGCGAGCCGGCGAGUCCAAUCCUUUCUUGGCCCCUCGCUCUGCAGCGGUGCCGCUGCUGGCUGGUUCUAGCUCCGGUGGCUCAGGAGGCCACCUGCUGAUGAAGCCCAUCUCUGAUGCUCUGCCCACUUUCACACCUGUGCCCGUCUCAGCUGAGGCCAGCGCUGGAGCUGUGCUGAAAGACUUAUUAAAGCAGUGAUGAGGAAGCCUCGCAGAUGUCUUAAUUUAUAAAACAUGAGUUCAACACUACAAAGACUAAAAUGGUUGAGCAACUAUCCAAUUUAUUUCUGCUGUUUUUCAUUUUCUACAAGAAUAAGUGAUCAAAGAAUAUAUAGAAGCUGAAUAUUACCAUUUUUUGGAAGAGUUAAAAACUAAAGGUUCUGUUUUACUUACAAAUACAUUUCUAUGCAACAGACUCUCCCUUUACAUGUCACUCAAAAUGUUUCACAACAUUGUUGUUAAUUGAACCCACAAAUGAAAAAAAGAUAAAUUAAGUUACUCUACAUGCCAAAUAGAAGCAGGAAGGGAAGAUUUUCAAAGUGGGGGUCUGCAGAUCUUCAAAGAAACUCUCUUCUUGAUCACUAGUGAGUUUAGGUUUUUCUUGACCACACCAGUUCUGAACACAAGUGACCUUGUAAACUUGCUGUGUGCAGUACAACACGUGGGUUGAGUCUGAUCUCCACCUCUGUUUGCAGGAGGAAACUUAUCUUCCGUCAGCUUGCUUUGAACAGCAUGUAUUUUCUUGUCGUCAGAGUGCUUUUUUUCCUGAACAAUUCAGUGAGUUUUCUCUGAUCCAGGAGCUGCAUAAGAACUCUGGCAGCAGCAGCCCUGCAGAGAUUUAUGUGGUUCAGUACAUCUGUUAAAACCAUAAAGAUUUCUUUUUCUUUUUUGCAAGAUCUUGUCUUUUCCAGACGACUUGACUGUGACAUGCAAUAAGCAUAAUUAUGGCUGCUGACUGUGGUUGAUGAGAGGGUUGAGACUGCUCUAAUGAUUAAGCACAGUACUAUUAUAUAGUUAUAUAUAUAUAUAUAUAUAAAUAUGUAUGUAAAUGGGUGGUAUUUUUUCUAUUUAUGGGCACUAAGUAAGUCAUGGAAAUAAAGUGCCUGCAUUUUUGCCAGUUGGUAUAAUCUGGACUGUAAAUGGUUAAUAUAAAUAUAUAUAUUUACAAGAUGUAAAAAAUAAACCCUGCACAUUGAAGAGGUUUUACCUGAGCAGAGCAGGCCAGCAUGUGACUGUGCUGCUCCACAUUUUUGUAAAGACAUCAGUCAGACUCAGCCGGAGGAAUGUUAGAUUUGUCCAGGUGUAUUGACGAAAUGUAUAAACUGUAAAUCCUCCCUGUAAAAGAAUUUUGUUGAUGUAAAAUCUGAAACUCUUGAGAUGGAACAAAGAAGUACAGCUACCUUGAACUUGGAUGAACUUCAGCAGAGGCUGGUAUCCGUGACCUAAAUGGAAUUUGAAAUUAAAUAAAGGUGCCACUGGCGACCCCUUU